AGACGCUUAACUACAAAAAAGCCCAAUUCACUAACAGAAUUGGAAGCAUGUGGUAUAGAUCCAAGUAUUGAAGAUUUUUUGCAACAUGAAAUUAUAGUUUAUAAUAGGAAAAAAGAGUGA